AUGCAGGCGGAGGACGUGAGGUAUUUAAAGAGGAAGGUCAAGGCAGGUAGUCUAGAUGUCCAUCCUACGGAGAAAGCCCUUGUUGUCCAGUAUGAGGUGGAAGCAACCAUUCUGGGUGAACUUGGGGACCCAAUGUUGGGCGAGCGAAAGGCCUGUCAGAAACUCAUCCGUCUGAAAAGCCUUAAUAGCAGCACGGAUAUCGGGUCAUUAGCUCGGAAGGUGGUGGAGGAGUGCAAGCUUAUAUCCCCUUCCAAGCUUCCUGAGGUGGAACAGCUCCUCUUCUACCUGCAGAACCGCAGGUCGCCCACAGAGAAAAGGGACAAGAAACAAAUCAAGCCGAGGGAUCCAACUCCUUUCGAGGGGAUGGAGCUGGACGAGGAGGCCAACAUUAACAACAUAGAUGACUAUGUGGAGCUGCUGUACGAGGAUGUGCCGGAGAAGGUCCGCGGGGCCACCCUGAUCCUGCGCCUGGCCCGUAACCCUGACAACCUGGAGGAGUUGCUGCAGAAUGAGACGGUCCUCGGUGCACUGGCCAGAGUGCUGAGGGAGGACUGGAAGCAGAGUGUAGACCUGGCAACCACCAUCAUUUACAUCUUCUUCUGUUUCUCCAGUUUCAUCCAGUUCCACGGGCUGAUCACCCACUACAAAAUCGGCACGCUGUGCAUGGGCAUCAUGGAACACGAGCUGAAGAGGUAUGACCUGUGGCAGGAGGAGCUGCAGAAGAAGAAGAGGGCCGGGCAGGAGGACCCAGAGAACCAGAACCUGAAGAAGGAUUAUGACAAGGCCCUUAAGAAGUACCAGGGCCUGCUGAGCAAACAGGAGCAGCUCCUCAGAGUGGCACUAUAUCUGCUGCUGAACCUGUCUGAGGACACACACACCGAACUGAAGAUGCGCAACAGGAACGUGGUGCACCUGCUGGUGAAGACCCUGGAGCGGGACAGCCAGGAGCUCCUGGUGCUCGUGGUCUCCUUCCUCAAGAAGCUCAGCAUCUUCCUGGAGAACAAGAACGACAUGGCUGAAACAGACACGGUGGAGAAGCUAGCUAAGCUGGUGCCCUGUGAUCACGAGGACCUGCUGAGCGUCACCCUGCGCCUCCUCCAUAACCUCUCCUUUGACACAGGCCUCCGCAGCAAGAUGGUGCAGGCAGGACUGCUGCCCAAGCUCACCGUGCUGCUAGGAGACGAAACGCAGAGGCAUCUGGCUGUGCGCAUCCUGUACCACAUCAGCAUGGACGACCGCUUCAAGUCCAUGUUUGCCUACACUGACUGCAUUCCACAGGUGAUGAAGAUGAUGUUUGAUUGCGGUGAGGAGAGGAUGGACACAGAGCUUGUAUCCUUCUGCAUUAAUCUGGCUGCCAACAAGAGAAAUGCCCAGCUCCUAUGUGAAGGUAACGGUCUGAAGAUGUUGAUGAAGAGAGCGUUGAAGCGGAAGGAUCCUCUGAUGAUGAAAAUGAUUCGGAACAUCUCCCAGCACGACGGCCCCUCCAAGACCCUCUUCAUCGACUACGUUGGGGACCUGGCAUCCCAGGUUGGACAGGACGAGGAGGAGGAGUUUGUCAUCGAGUGUCUGGGCACUCUGGCCAACCUCACCAUUCCUGACCUGGACUGGGAGCUGGUGCUGAAGGAGUACAACCUCGCGCCGUACCUCAAAGAUCACCUCAAACCUGGCUCAGCAGAAGACGACCUGGUGCUGGAGGUGGUGAUGAUGAUCGGCACGGUCUCCAUGGAUGACUCCUGCGCCGCUCUACUGGCCAAGUCGGGCAUCAUCCCAGCACUCAUUGAGCUGCUCAAUGCCCAGCAGGAGGACGAUGAGUUUGUGUGUCAGAUUGUGUACGUCUUCUACCAGAUGGUGUUCCACCAGGCCACCCGAGAUGUCAUUAUUAAAGAGACCCAAGCUCCUGCCUAUCUCGUCGACCUGAUGCAUGACAAGAACGCCGAAAUUCGCAAAGUGUGCGACAACACGCUGGAUAUUAUUGCUGAGUACGAUGAGGAGUGGGGGAGGAAGAUCCAGAAUGAGAAAUUCCGCUGGCACAACUCGCAGUGGCUGGAGAUGGUGGAGAACCGGCAGAUAGAUGAUGUGGAACCGUUCCUGUAUGGAGACGAGGGAGAGCCCUUCCUGCAGGGCGGACACCUUCUGGAGCGGCCUGACCUCUUCUACACCGCAGAAGGAUUAAUCCCAGCAGAUAGUGCCAUCACUCCAGAAUUUUUCACCGACUUCCAGAAUGGAGACUUUGUGGGACCUCCAGGUUUUCACAGCAGCGUCGUGUCCGAUGGCUACGGACCGGGGGCGGGGGCUCCCGUGCGGCCUGCUACAGCCUAUGGCUUCCGGCCGGACGAGCAGUACUAUUGCAGCUACUCGGCGCCGCGGUAGAGUGGGUGAAGUGAACGCUGCUCGUUGUCUUCGUUUCAGACAUCAGUCUCAGAACGAAACACCAUCCACCAUCACCUCUCUCCUCUCAAGUCGACGGCUUCGGGACUUUCGAUAGCUGAUGCUCUCAUUACUUUUCUUUCUAAUGUGUAGUGCCCUUUUCAGUGUGUCUUGUAGCCCACAGUGAACUAAAUGACAGUAAUUGACACUAGUAAAUGACACGCGUUGGUGUGACCACACACAUUCCACAGUGGCGCCACAACGCCUUUAUUUCAGAAGCAGUACGCAGCGUUGCAAAAAGGAGGGAUUGUUGUUCGCAUGUUUGGAACAUGUGGUUGGGUUCAGAGUCCUCCCACUCACCUCAUGGUAGCACCACAGUGUACUUUAGUUUUGUGGAGUGUAGAACCUUGAGAAACCCAACCCCUGCAUACUAACAGCGGUCUUAAGGAGACACACAUGUACAGCUGUGUGUGGUCACAGCAAAGUUAUGAGCACGUGAGCCAGUGUAAACACACGUGAAUGUACUGACGUUUAAUGUACUGUUAAAUCACAUCCUGGUUUAAACAAGCAUCACUUCCUGCUCAGUUCAGUCUGCUCCUGUAGAAGUCAGCUUGUCUUAAUUCAUCUAUCACUGCUGUAUUUGUGUUCUCACACACACAAUAUAUUACUGAAACCUGAACUUUAGAGAUUACAUAAAGAGUGUAUUUGUGGAACACUAGGUGAGGUCUUGCCUGUGUCUGCAGGUCAGGAUUGCGCUCUGUUGCACAGCGCUGUAUUUGUUCACACACACACACACACACACACACACACACACACACACACACACACACACACUGGCACUCUGUUGCACAGCGCUGUAUUUGUUCACACACACACACACUGGCACUCUGUUGCACAGCGCUGUAUUUGUUCUCACACACACACACACACAGGUGCUCUGUUGCACAGCGCUGUAUUUGUGGGCCACUGACAUGCAGUUCAACACUACUUACUACUCAAUGUUACGCACUUUGGAUUUUUUGUGAAUGGAAAGAAGUGAGUUUGGUAUGUGUUGUUAUUUAUCAUAAUUCUGUUUCAUUACAAAAGUCUUAACUGCUGUUUUAUAUAAGACACCUUUUUUAUUUGUGGUGCAAUAUUAAAAUACAAAUAUGAAAACAUUAA